UAAAAGAAAUUGCGCAAACAAAUAAAGAUCUUUUGCGGGCAUUUUCUUCAUGUUAAUGAAAUUUCCAUUUUGAAAUGUACACAAAACUAGGUGUUCUUUCAUAGUCUGCUUAUGCAAAUUCACGACACUAGGUAAUUUAAACCCGCUUUUCAUGCAAAUCAUUGAGAAGUGGAAGUCGAAUGUCGUUUGUCUAUUAUCGAAGCCUUGAGCAGAAGGUAACGAUUUGAGUGUACUGGCCUAAAAAACGAUGUUACGAAAACAUCCGCGAUAAACUGAUUUGGUGUAAUUUCAAGGCCAUCCCGCAAGAGAUAGACUGUUGUUGAUAUUGUUUACACCUUCAAAAUUUUCGACCUAUUGAUAGGUUCGAGGAAAUUUAUUUUGGCCCAGAGACACGGUGUAAAGAAUAAAUUAAAGCCUGUCGUUGAAGUCGCUUGGUCGACGAAACUGAGAUCAUAAAAAUUCUUCUAAAUAUGGCUGACGACAUUGAGGAGAUAAAGUUCCAUAUCGUCAAGAAUUCUGAUAAAUCCAACGGCGUUGAGAACUGGGUUGAGAAAGCGGACUUCAGCACUUUCAGAGGGGAUAUCAUAGUAUGCUGUGGCGGAUAUGAAGGAAGAUUCGAACUGGAUGCAGUGGAAGCAUUUUGUGUAAACACUAACACCUGGGCUGAUCUGCCUCCCAUGCCAGUCGAAUGCGACAGUUUAGCUGCAGGGGCUUAUGGGAGCGCUGUGUUCGUGGCUGGAGGAUCUGACAGGAAAAAGCCUCUUGAUAAUGCGUCAAUGUUUGAUUGGCAAGAACGGGCUUGGAGGAAACUUGCCCCGAUGGUCACAGCUCGUGCAUACUCCUGUGGAACAAUGGAUAAAUCGCGAGCUCGUCUGCUAGUAGCAGGGGGGUUUAAUAACAGAGAGCUGGACUCGGUGGAAAUUUUUGAUGUGAAGACUGAAAGAUGGCUGAAAGCAUCUGCUAUGCCAACAGCUCGAACAAAAUCUGGGGGAGCUAUUGUAGGAGAUUACUUUGCUGUGGUGGGUGGGGACGAAUUUGGUCGUCCAACCGAUACAAUCCAAUGUUUCAACUUGAAAGCGGAGAAGUGGGAAACAUUUCCCGCCAUGAGCACGAAACGUCGACGCUGCGCAGUCGUAGCCGUGGGUGAGAAGCUUGUUGUAGCGGGAGGUCUGACGCUUGGUGACUACUCAUUGGAUACCAUCGAAAUGUUUGAUCUGCGCAACCGAAAAUGGUUUGAUCUUCCUAACAUGCCUUGCACGCGAUUCGGCUGUGGUGCAUGCGUAAUCAAUUCACAGAUGUUUCUCUGCGGUGGAAAUGAGAAGUUGAGAAUGAAAGCGUAUUCAAACCGGCUUGACUCGUUUGACCUGAUGACGCACACCUGGGAAAUCCUUCCAAGUAUGGCACACCGUAGGAUCCAUCCUGUUACAGCAUCCGUCUGUGUCUAAACAGCAGGUCCAGACAACAGCAAAGACAGACUACAUGAAACAAUUUUCACGUCUGAUGAUGUGUCCAGGAUGUUUAAAGGUCCUCUACACUGGAGGAGAACAUUGCUCUUUUUAAUUGACUUUUCUUGAUAUUUUUAAUUCACUUUUCGUUUAAAUUCUUUUAUUUUUAGAAGACUAAAUCGGUAGAACGUGUCUUAGAAAUGCGACGUUGUUUAAUUUUUUUUUAUCAAAGUUCGUUUCUACUGAGUGAAUGUUCAAAACACCCAAAGAUAAGAGAUCGAGGUGAUGGGUGUAGUUGCAAGAAGUAAAAGAUUGAUCCCAGGAAAAAAAGCUUGAUGCAAUCAUGAUGUUUCUUUUUUUCUUCUUCUUUUUCUCUUUUUUUUUUUUUUUUAAUCUUUUUCUUUCUUUAAUCGAAAAGAAAUGCCAGCUACUUAACUUACAUUUCGCUUGAGCAUCUUGCAUAGGAAUAAACUUCACUUAUCAA